AUGUGGAAACGCCCCCGUACUCCGUUACUGUCAUUCGUACUGCUCGUUGCUGUGGCGACCCUGUCCACUGCCAUGACGACCCUGCGCUCGUUCCGCGGAUGUGCGGUGCGCGAGUUCUCUUUCGUCGCGCGGAAGCCUGGCUGUCGCAGCCUGCGCAUACGCACAGAGGCAUGCUGGGGGCGCUGCCAUACCUGGGAGAAGCCGGUGCCGCACCCCCCCUUCGUGCAGCGGCACCACCGCGUGUGCACGUACAGCCGCUCGCUCCAGCUGACGGCCCGGCUGCCGGGCUGCCGGCCCCAGGUCUCCCCGCUGUACCCCUACCCGCUGGCCCUGCGCUGCGCCUGCUCCACCUGCUCCUCCCAGGACACCGAGUGCCAGACCUACUGA